GGAAGCACCAGCCACCUUUUAUCUUUCCUCUGUAGUGAACAAGAGUUCCUGACUUAUAUAACAGGAACAAAUAGCUGACCCAGACCAUUCCAAUGGAGCCUUCUGAGGAGGGCUUCAAGACUAACCUUGGGCGUUAGCGAAGCUCUCUGUUGAUGGGGAACUGAACUUUUGCAGAGAAGCAAAGAUGAUACGCCCCCAAGUCUUGCUGUUUUUGUUAGCUGUAUCUGCAUCAAACCUAGAAGGAAAAGGAGUUGCACAGUCAUUUGCACGCUGUAGUCUUUUUGGUGAUGACCACAUCAAGACAUUUGAUGAAUCCCUGUAUGAUUUUGCUGGUGAUUGUAGUUACCUGCUUGCUGGAGACUGUCAUAAGAGAUCCUUCUCAAUCUUGGGUGACUACCAGAAUGGGAAAAAAACCAGUCUUUCCCUGUACCUUGGGGAACAUUUUGAUGUUCAUUUGUUUUUAGAUGGCACUGUAACUCAAGGUGACAAAAGGAUACCAAUACCCUACGCCUCCAAUGGAAUAUUUAUAGAAAUUGAGGCAGGUUAUUACAAGUUAUCCAGCAAACAGCAUAGCUUUGUGGCUAAGGCUGACAUCAGCGGGAAUAUCCAGAUAAUCUUUGCAGACGAGCACUAUAAUAAGACCUGUGGGCUCUGUGGCAAUUUCAAUGGCUUUGCUGAAGAUGAUUUCAUGACCCAGGAAGGGAUUUUGGAAGAGGACAGCUACAAUUUUGCUAAUUCAUGGGCCAAGAGCAGUGAGGAGAAGCGAUGUGAGAGAGUGGUCUCCCCAAGCCGCACCUGCAACAUUUCCUCAGAGGCCGCAGAUAAGGGUGUUCUAGAAAUUUGUCAGCUACUAAGGACAUCCACUGCAUUUUCCAAAUGUCACCAUAUCGUUGAUCUGGAACAAUUCCUUGAUCUCUGUGAAGAAGACAUGUGCAAAUGUGCCAACGAGAAAUACUGUCACUGUCCCGUUUUUCUUGAGUAUGCUAGAGCCUGUGCUCAACAAGGUGUGAUUCUGGAAGGAUGGCCAGCUAGCAGUGCUUGCAGGCCAAGAUGUCCAGUUGGCUUGGAAUAUAAAGAGUGCACCUCUCCUUGUGCCAAAACUUGCCAGAACCUGAAUAUCAAUGAAGUGUGUCAAGAAAAAUGCGUUGAUGGCUGCAGCUGCCCUGAAGGCAAGCUACUCGAUGGUGACUUCUGUGUUGAGAGCUCUGAGUGCUCCUGUGUACAUUCUGGCAAGCACUAUCCUCCUGGCUCUUCUGUCUACCAGGACUGCAAUUCAUGUAUUUGUAGGCAUGGCAUCUGGAUCUGCAGCAACGAACCUUGCCCAGGUGAAUGCUCUGUCACCGGCCAGUCCCAUUUCAAAAGCUUUGACAACAAACAUUUUACCUUCAGUGGCAUCUGUCACUACCUGUUUGCCAGAGAUUGUGAGGAGAACUCAUUUUCUGUCUUCAUCGAGACAGUCCAAUGUGCUGAUGAACCUGAUGCUGUGUGUACCCGUUCAGUCUCUGUUCAGCUCCAGGAGGAAAACAACAUCAUUAAAAUGAAACAUGGCGGUGGCAUCUCUUUGAAUGGGCAAGAUAUACAGAUUCCUUUCAUGCAAGGUGAUCUCCGUAUCCAGCACACUGUAAUGCCUGCAGUUCGCCUCACCUAUAAGGAAGACAUGCAGAUUGACUGGGAUGGGCGUGGAACUCUUUUGAUGAAGCUAUCCUCAGAAUACACUGAGCGAACUUGUGGGUUGUGUGGUAACUACAAUGGCAAUCAAGGAGAUGAUUUUCUUACACCUUCUGGCCUGGUAGAAACCCUUGUUGAAAACUUUGGAAAUUCUUGGAAGCUCAAAGGAGAUUGUCAAGAUUUGCAGAAACAAGAUAGCAAUUCCUGUACUCUCAACCCUCGCUUAGCCAAGUAUGCUGAGGGCUCCUGCUCCAUUCUGUUAGCUCCCCUGUUUGAACCUUGCCACCAUGAAGUCAACCCUUCCCCGUAUGUCAAGAACUGCCACUAUGACGUCUGCUCCUGUUCUGAUGGCAAAGAUUGCUUGUGUGCCGCAGUCUCCGCCUAUGCCAUGGCUUGCGCUCGCAAAGGGGUUCUCAUCAGCUGGAGGCAGCCAGAGUUUUGUGCCCUGAGUUGUCCAAAUGGCCAGGUUUACCAGCAGUGUGGAAUCCCAUGCAACCAAACAUGUCGGUCCCUCUCCUACCCGGAUACAGACUGCAAUGAAUUUUGUAUGGAAGGUUGCUUUUGCCCAUCUGGAUUGUACCGUGAUGAGCAGGGAGAUUGUGUCCCCAAAUCCCAGUGCUCUUGUUACUAUGAUGGUGAGAUCUUCCAGCCAGAUGAUAUUUUCUCAGAUCAUCACACCAUGUGCUAUUGUGAAAAUGGUUUCAUGCACUGCAGUUCAAAGAGACUUCCAGGGGUUCAUCUACCAGAUGCUUUCUUUCAACAGCGCCCUUUGGCCAGAGCAAAACGGAGUUUGGCCUGCAGGCAUCCCAUGACCAUGUUUGUAUGCCCUGCAAAUGAUCCAAGAGCAAAAGGAGUAGAAUGUAUGAAGACUUGUCAGACCUUUGAUUUGGGCUGUGUCAGCCAUGGAUGUGUGUCCGGUUGCCUCUGUCCCACUGGAUGGGUCCGACAUGGAAACAAAUGUAUUGUGCCUGAAACAUGCCCCUGUUUUCACAAUGGACAAGAAUAUGCUCCAGGAGAGACUGUGACUAAAGACUGCAAUACUUGUAUCUGUCAUGGACGAAAAUGGGAAUGUACAGAGAAUGUCUGUGACGCCACCUGCUCAGUCAUUGGUACAGCACACUACUUGACAUUUGAUGGACUAAAGUACAGAUUUCCAGGCAACUGUCAGUAUGUACUAGUUCAGGACUACUGUGAUGACAGUGAUGGUGCUUCUGGGACCUUUCGAAUACUCGUUGCCAAUGAUGGGUGUAGCUUCACUGGGGAGAAGUGCACUAAAAGGAUCUCUAUUCUCUUUGAUGGUGGGGAGAUAGAGUUAUAUAGUGGAAAGGUGAACAUCUUGAUACCUCCAAGAGAGGAAGCCAACCUUGAAGUCUUGAAAUCUGGUCGUUACUACAUUCUGCUACUGGGUAGAGGAGAAAUUUCUUUAACUUGGGACCAAGACAUGGGAAUUACUGUUAUCUUGAAAGAUCAUUAUAAAGAUCAAGUAUGUGGUCUGUGUGGCAAUUUUGACGGCAUCCAAAACAAUGACUUGACUAGCAGCAGGAGGCAGCUUGAAGUAGAUCCGAAUGACUUUGGGAAUUCUUGGAAAGUUAAUUCACAGUGUGCUGAUGUCAGAAAGUUUUCUCAAGGGCAGAGCCUGGUUUCUUCGUUAUGCGAUGGUAACACAAUGAAGCAGGUAAUGGUGGAGACCUCAUGCAACAUCUUGAAAAGUGAUCUCUUCGAAGAUUGCAAAUAUCUGGUUGAUCCUGAGCCAUAUAUGGAUAUCUGCAUGUAUGACACAUGUGCUUGUGAAUCCACUGGAGACUGUGCCUGCUUCUGUGACGCCAUAGCUGCUUAUGCGCACGCCUGUGCACAGAAAGGGGCUAUAGUUCACUGGAGGUCACCCACCUUAUGCCCACAAAGUUGUGAGGACAUGAACAAAGUAGAGGAAGGAUAUGAGUGUGAAUGGAGGUACAAUAGCUGUGGUCCUGCUUGUCCAAGGACAUGCCAGCACUUUGCUCCAAUGGUGUGCCCUCUAAAAUGUGUUGAAGGAUGUCAUGCCCACUGUCCUCCAGGGAAAAUACUUGAUGAGAUUUCCAAUUCUUGUGUUGAUGUUGAAGAAUGUCCUGUGUGUGAAGUAGGAGAUCAGAGGAUUCCUGAUGGGAAGAGAAUCAUUUUGAACACAGAAGAUACACAUCUCUGCAAAUCCUGUCAUUGCGAAGGGCGAAACUUGACAUGCCAUCCGUGUGAUCCAGGAGAGGCUGUUGAAGUCCAGAUGACAACCACGAUUGCUCCAGAGGAUGAGGUGACACGUGAAUAUUCUUGCAACAAAAUGAUGGACCUUGCGUUCUUAAUAGACGGCUCCAAUAAGCUUUCAGAAAGUGAUUUUGAAGAGCUGAAAGCUUUCAUAAUUGGAAUGAUGGAAAAGCUCCACAUCUCCCAAAAAAGAAUUCGUCUUGCAGUCCUGGAAUAUCGCACUGGUUCACACAUUUACCUUGAUCUUAAAGAUGUUAAAAAACCAUCUCAAAUGAGGAGGAUUGUCCAAAAUAUAAAAUACACUGGUGGAGACAUUGCUUCUGCAAGUGAAGUACUUAAAUAUGUUAUACAUCAUGUGUUUAGGAAGUCUCCGCGGACAAAUGCUCCCAGGAUUGCUGUGCUACUUGCUGCUAGCAGGGAUCCAAAGAAACUUAAACCGAUCUUCCCACAUUUGAAAAACAAUCAAAUUACUGUGAUACCGAUUGGACUUGGACCACAUGUGAGCAUUGAGCAGCUUGAACUACUUGAACGCCAGUCACCCAAGAACAAGGCUUUCAUAAUGAACAGUGUGGCCGAGUUAAGGGAACACAGGGACGAAAUAAUUAAUUACUUUUGUGGUCUUGUUCCUGAUAUAAGUGAAUUAUCUGUUCCGCAGACACCUGUUCCCACUCUUCCCAGUAUCACUGCUGUUACAGUACCCAGACUACAUUGGAAGUUUAGGCAGACAGCCCCAACAGAAUUUUCCAUUUCUAUUCACAAGACCAUUGACGUUAUUUUUCUGGUUGAAGGAUCUGACAAAGUUGGCAAAGAGAAUUUUGAUUUGGUCAAAGAGUUCAUUGUCCGCACAAUCAGAGAAAUGAACAUAGGAGAGGAAACUAUCCAUAUUACCAUCAUACAGUACUCGUUCACAUUUACCGUGGAAUUUUCUUUCAGUGACCAACAAUCCAAGGAAGUCCUGAUUAAGAAGGUGAGGGAGAUCAAGUACCAGGGUGGGAAUGCCACCAACACUGGGAAAGCUCUCAAUUUCAUCUCUGAACAAACGUUGACAACAGGCGGUAGAGGAAGACGGCAAAUACCACACUUGGUUUAUAUGGUGACUGCAAACCCUGCCACAGACACUAUCACCCGCCCGCCCACUGAUAUCAACGUUAUUCCCAUCGGGGUAACUCCUAACGUGAAUAUCCAAGAGCUGAAAUUGUUAAGCCAGCCACAGGCGCCAAUAAUCUUUGAAGGGUAUAAUAAACUUAUCGAAGAAGGUCCUGACCUGGUACUGAAAACAUGUUGCUCAAAGGAAGCAAUUUGCAACAAGCCAAUAGAUGUGAUAUUUCUUCUGGAUGGAAGCUCAAAUGUUAAAGAAUCAGAGUUUGAGAAAAUGAAAAGUUUUGUGAAAGCAUUUAUUGAGCACACUGAUAUUGGCCAUGCUACAACUCAAGUGGCUGUUCUCCAGUAUGGAAAAGCUAGUGUUUUAGAAAUGUCAUGGAAUACACCCCAGGAGAAAGCAAAUCUUUUGUCUGUGGUGAGCAAGAUUCAUCAAAGAGAGCAAGGCCCCAGCAGACUCGGGGAAGUGAUAGACUUCACAGUUCAGCAUGCCAUUUCUGAAGUCAACGGAGGAAGGCCGAAUGCUUCCAAAAUAGCUGUGGUUAUUAUAUCAGAUACUUCACAGGAUUCCCUUGAUGUGGCUGCAGUCUCUGCUAGAGUCAAUAGAAUUUCUUUGCUUCCUGUCGGCAUUGGGGAUAGAUAUGAAGAAGCGCAAAUCAGGACUUUAGCCGGGCUAUCUGCUGCUAACAGGAUAAUUAAACUGCAACAGUUUGAUGACCUUCUCACCAUGGUAACUGUGGGUGAUGAAUUUUUCAAGAAACUUUGCACAGAAACUGUCCAAGAGUGUAUUGAUGAAGAUGGGAAUGUAAGAGCUCCUGGUGACAAAUGGACACUGCUGGAUCAAUGCCACACUGUAACAUGCUUAACAGGUGGCCAUACAGUUCUGGAGAGCCACCGAAUUAAUUGUGAGAAGAUGCCCAGGCCAACCUGUCGCAACAAUCUCCCUGCUAUUAAAAUGGAGGAAACAUGUGGCUGCCGUUGGGUGUGUCCAUGCUCUUGCAUGGGAAGCUCAAGCAGACACAUUGUCACCUUUGAUGGCAUGGACUUUAAACUCACAGGGAAUUGUUCCUAUACAUUGUUUGAAGACAAAGAACAUGAUAUUGAAGUGGUUCUUCACAAUGGGCCCUGCAGUUCAACGCCAAGAUUCAACUGCAUGAACACCAUUGAAGCCAUAUAUAAAGGCUCAUCAGUUCAGCUAUCCAGUGACAUGAUGGUUGCUGUAAACGGCAAAACAGUUGCUGUUCCUUACACUGACAGCAAUAUGGAAGUAAAUGCCUAUGGAGCAAUAAUGCAUGAAAUCCGGUUCUCUCAGCUGGGACACAUCUUCUCCUUCACUCCAAGCAGCAAUGAAUUUACUUUCCAACUUAGCCCAAAGAGUUUUGCCUCAAGAACAUUCGGUCUUUGUGGAGUGUGUGACCAAAACAGUGGCAAUGAUUUUGUAUUGAAGGAUGGCUCCAUAACUUCUGACAGCAGCAUCUUCAUCCAAGAAUGGACAGUGAAGCAGCCAGGGAAGUUCUGUGAGGUGAACAGAGCUGACAGAUGUGUUGAGCAUGCCACUACCAAGUGCAGCAUUUUGCUGUCUCCUCAGUUUUAUGAAUGCCACCAAGUCAUUUCUCCAAAUAUAUUCUAUGCUGCCUGUGAAGAAAACAACUGCUACGGGGAUGAAGUAUGUGAGAUUAUAUCAUCCUAUGUCCACCUUUGCAGAACACAGGGGAUCUGUGUAGACUGGAGAUCUCUGGAUUUCUGUGCUAUGAGAUGUCCACCCUCUUUGUCAUACAACCACUGUCAAAGUGGCUGCACAAAGCAUUGUGAGAAUGACAACAACACUGAAGUCUGCAUGGAUUAUCCUAUGGAAGGUUGCUUCUGCCCACAAGGACAAGUUAUUUUAAAUGGCAGCUGUGUUCAUGAAGAGGUGUGCACUCAGUGUGUCAGUGAAGAUGGGACACGUCACCAGCACCUGGAUGUGUGGAUUCCUCCCAAAGAACCCUGCAAGAUCUGCAUGUGCCUAGAUCACAGGACCAUAAACUGCACGCUUCAGUCUUGUCCAGAGGCCAAACCUGCUGUUUGUGGUCCUUGUGAAGUUCCAAGAUUACGGAAGGACUCUGAUCAGUGCUGUCCAGUCUACGAAUGUGUCUGUGAUCUGAUUACAUGUACCCUUCCUCCUGUACCUCACUGUGAAGAUGGUCUCCAGCUUUUGCAGACAAAUCCUGGAAAAUGCAGACCAGAUUAUGCAUGUGUCUGCAAGAAGGAGGCAUGCAGUCCACCACCCAUUCUUUCUUGCUCACCACACCAGAAACUCACUUUGAAGAAGACUCAGUGCUGUGAUGAAUAUGAGUGCACUUGUAGCUGUAACAAUUCAAUAGAGGCCUGCCCAACUGGAUAUUUGCCAACAUAUACUACCAAUGAGUGUGGCUGUGUUUCUACCACUUGCAUUCCAGACAAGGUUUGUGUCAGUCAAAAUAUUGUGUAUCCUAUUGGGAAGACAUGGGAAGAAGGCUGCACAGAAUGUUCCUGCACCGACAUGGAAGAUGCUGUUACAGGACUUCGAAUGAAAGAAUGUGUUGACAAGGAGUGCAACAAGAUUUGUUCUCCGGGAUUUAAGUACGUCAAUAAAGAAGGGGCCUGCUGUGGGAAAUGUCUCAAAACUAUGUGUGAUGAGCCAGUAUUAUGGGCUCGAGGAGAUGAAGAUGUCCGCUGGCAUGAAGUUGGGUCUGAGUGGCAAUCUCCAUCAAAUCCCUGCAUCAUCAAAGAAUGUGUCCGGGUAAAUGAGGAAGUCUUUAUUCAAACAAGGAAUGUCUCAUGUACACAGAUGGGCCCCCCUAGCUGCCCAUUUGGAACAGAACUGCGCUGUGACCGAAAGACUGGCUGUUGUCCUUCAUGUCGUUGUGAACCUGUGAGUGGCUGCAUUUUGAAUGGCACUGUUAUUGGGCCUGGGAAACGCAUGUUAUUGGAUCAGUGCACCAGCUGUCAGUGCAGCCUGGGGAGAGAACCAUACUUGAAAUAUGAAUUAGUAUGUGGGAAGAAAACCUGUGAACCUUGCCCCAAGAAUUACAGGAUGGAACAAGUCUCUGGCUCCUGCUGUGGCAAAUGCUUACCAACUGCAUGUGCCAUACAGCUGAGGGACAGAACGAUUAUCUACCUGAAGCCAAAUGAGACAAUCCAAGAUGGCUGCGACAGUCACUCCUGUAAAGUCAACAUGAAAGGAGACUUCAUCUGGGAAAAGAGAAUCACUGGAUGCCCCCCUUUUGACUCUAACAAAUGUCUGGCUGAGGGAGGUAAAAUUGCAAAAAUCGACAACACUUGCUGUAAAACAUGUGUAGAGCCAGAAUGCAAACAAGUCACAGGCAGGCUUGAAUAUAUUAAAGUGGAUGACUGUGUAAAUGAGGAUCAACUGAAUAUCCAUUACUGUGAGGGGAAAUGUGCAAGCAAAGCCAUUUAUAACAUUACACUGCAUCACAUUGAAGAUCAGUGCACCUGUUGUUCGGCUACGGUGACAAAUUCAAUGCAAGUGCCCCUCCGCUGUGCCAACGGCUCCAUCGUACAGCAUGAAGUCUUUAAUGCCAGGCAGUGCGAAUGUCUCUCUCGGAAAUGCAAACCAUAAAUAUGCUUGGGAGCAAAUGCAUGUGAAACUUCUUAUCCAGCUGCCUAGAAAUUUCCAAUCCAACGCUAACUUCCUUUGUUUUGUUUUGUAUUUUGCAUUUUGAUACUGUUUUUCUGUCCCAAGCACUGAAUGUAACAAGGCAAGCAAUAAACACAAAACCCAUUUAGCUACA